AAGACUAAUUAUGUACACUGUCGUCUGUCCUGGGUCGUUACCCAGGUGGUGCGGAUAAAAGUCGUUGAAUGACAUCCGCGCUUGCACCUCGCUGAGCCAGCGCGAACACGCUGGCAGCCUUUCCCGAUCCUAGCCAAUGGGCGACCUGCCACGAGGUCAUGUGACACAACCCGCGCCAUGAUAAUACGUGCUAUUUAUAGCUGGACAGGUAAAAGCCACCAAGCGAACAGACGACAGACCGCGAAGCAGACGACAGGGUGGUUUUCGCUGGCUGGCUGGCGGCGUGCGAGUGUGUGUCUGGAGAAAGUAAGCUCGGUUUGCUGUUGUAAUCACAUCACAACACGUUCAACUACCGUGCUGCUGGCAGUUGAAACCAUUUCUCACAAUCUGUGAAGUGGACGGCAGACGUGAAGUAAGUGGAUUUAUUUAUCAACGUCAGCCUGGUCCUGCGUGGCUCAACUUUUGGCUCUGCUUCGCUCCUAUAUCUUCGGGGCUUGUUGUGUGUUGGCAAGACAGCUCGAAAAGAGAGGAGAAAGCCUUCUUUUUAAACCCUCGUUCGUACUCCUGCCCUCAAACCAGGGUCGACCUGUUCGUCGUCCCACACGGAAGAGUCAACAACCCGGAAAAAGAGAAAUUUCUGAAGGACAGUGAAGUGCUUCGAUCUGUGCUGUUGGCAAGGUUUGACGAAACUUUGCUGUGGAGGAUAAAGAGAGACAGAAGGAGGCUCACCUGACAUUUUUAUACACAAGGUGUAGUCCGUUCGUUCCAUUUACAGAACACCGCCGGCCCGACCCUUCCUGGCAAACAAUAGCCAGGGCAAGAAAGUCAAGCCCUCCGUACUCUGCCAAACGACCACACCGACUGUCCAGGGAACAAAUAAAAAAAAAAAAAGACAGACGUGCCUUCGGAGGAGCCGACCCAGAUCAAGCGAACCGUGUUCUGAGGGGAGUAGGAAGACGAAUCAUGGUCGUGGCAGUGUCGCUGACACCUGUAGCUGCCACAGGUGAGACGAACUGACAAAGCUCAUUCAAGUAAGCGGGGAGAGAGCAGAAGACACCUGGCCGACACGUUUCCUCAUUGGGAUCGACCCUGGGGAGGAAAACAUCUGGAGUAAGUGGCAGCUGCUGAGGAUUUUCUUGUUCCGGCGGCCCGCUGGUGCGCGGGGUUGCUGACUGUAAGAUGGAUCACAGAGAGAGCCGACGGUUCGUUAGUGGAUAGCACCGGAUAUUUCAAGGUUUUAGUUCUUUCUACACCACGGUGGGUUGCCUUGACAUCCCCACCCUUAACAAAAAAUAAGUUGAACUGCAACUAUUCGGAAAGCGGAGAGGUGUCCAGUUUCCAGACAGCUAACGCCGAAGGCAGACUUUGUCCUGACCGACAACUUGAUCGCCUGUGGUUCAGGACCAGUGCUGACUUCACGUGCUGACGGUCUUGAGAACGCUAGCACCUGCCAUUCCACGUGCGUGUGUAGGUCUCACUGCACACCUUGACUCACUUCUCUGGCAGUGGAUUGGCUGUUAGUGCUCCUGUCUUUAAAAAAAAAACAACCCAAGUGAAUCGAUACCCUUGAGAUUUGGCUGUGAGGGGACGAAGAAGACUGCAAGAUGAGUCUGUUCAGCUGGCGCAAGAACCUGUACAUCAGCGACAAGGACCCCUCCUACAAAGUUCGUUACCUGGGCAACGUGCAGACUGCCAUGAUGAAAGGAGAGGGUUGUGUGGACAAACCAGUAUCAGUGAUCUGGAACAACUACCUGCGGUCGCCGCACCCGGGGCUGGAAAUGAAGCUGGUGCUGACAGCCUCGGGGCUGAAAGCCUACACCAAGGAGCAAGGGCUGACGGAGUACCGCGCACAUCGCAUCUCCUACUGCAUCGCCCACCCGAACUACCCACGCUUGUUCGUGUGGGUAUACCGGCACGAGGGCAAGAAGAUGAAGAUGGAGCUGCGUUGCCAUGCAGUGCUGUGCAAGUCGGAGGCCAAGGCCAAGGCCAUCGCCCUCCAGUUGCACGAGAAGUUGGCCUUUGCCCUCAAAGAGUUCCAGCGCGAGAAGCUGCGCAAACAGAACUCUCGCUUGACACUGCAGCGGACCAACUCCUUGCCAAAGAGCGGCUCUGUCCUGCCCCUCCGCAAACAGCUGCUCAGCACCGCCACCAACUUCAAGCCACCCGCCUCCAAGUCCACCGGCGCUCCCAAGCUGGGUUCCAUCACCGAGGACUUUGAAGAGGAAGAAGAGGAGGAGCUAAGGGAGAUGGCUCGGCUGGACGAAAGCUUGGAGGAGGAGGACGACAUCGUGGAAGCUGCCCGGCGGGCGUCGAUGGACUCGCUGGAGGCGCUGAACUUGGAGUCUUCGACGACGACGGAGGGUCUGGCGGAGCCCAUCAUCGACCUGGAGAUCGGCAACGACAUCGAGAAGCUGCGCAGCGACCGCGAGGUGCAGUACUGCGUGCACGAGCAGGCCGACUCGGACGAGGAAAGCGCAGAAUCCGGGUUCCACGAGCAGGACGAGCGCACCCCCAACGGCGUGGAGGAAGAGAUCGAAGAGCUGGAGGAUGCUAUCGGGGAAGUUACCUUGAACCCUGCUGGCUUCGAGAGUCCGUCGUCGGCUUCCCAACGGAACUGCGCUAACUGACAUCUUUGUAGCCGCACGCGCAUGCGCAUUAGGCUACCCCAAGUGUAUGUAGGAAGGAGGACAGUGGUAGCAGAACCGGGUUUUUUGACAUGGAACAACUAGGUAAAAAUGUCAUUUCAUGCAGGUUGAUUUUUUUUUCUUCAAGAAUUGCGGAAUCUUUACUAAACAUUCUGAACAUUGACAAGUUCUGACGAUGCAAUUCUAACGGAUGGAUGGUUCUAGCAAUGCAACUGAAAAGCAGACAUGGUAUGGAGAGUUUUGUUGUUGUUGAUGAUGAUUUUGUUGCUGUUGUCACGAUUAGAGACAAACAUUUUAAUAGUUGAUGUGCAGGAUACUAAAUGAGUCGAUGUAAAGCAUUCCAUGAAGUGUAGAUGAACCGGCGACAGGUGUGUUGUGCAUAAACAGAACUUGUUGAGUGUACACGAGUGUGGACAGACAUUUGACAGGUUGUAUUGAUUUCUGCAAAAAAAAAAAAAAGUCUUUCAUUCCACUUGUAUAACGGCAGAUAUUUAAUUAAUAAUUAUAAAUCAUACAACAUCACGAUUUCGUUUGUAAAGCUGUAGACAGAUGUUUAUUCACGACCAAGACCUAGUUUACAUGUUUACUGGACUAGAAGGGUCACACCGAUAAAGCCACAGCUGCUGACAGGCGGAAAACCCUCGCCACCACAGCUAUUGUUCAGCUCAUGGUCUGGCUCGGUCCUGAUGCAAACAAACAAAUCAGUUACAUAGACUAAGGGCUCAGCAUAAGUUUUCCUGUUUUUACAGAAUUCAGACCCAAACAUCUACAUUUGUAUUCGUGGUCUCCAUUCUGCGCGCGCUACUGACAUACAGGAGUCGAGGGUGAAACAAAAGUUUCAAGUUAGGGAAGUAGGAAACUUGGUUUUGAAAUGUCGGACUUUGAUGAGAGAAUGUGACGAUGCUUGCUUCAGCAUUGUUUUGAUAAUGAAUCGACUGGGGAAGGGAGAGUACACAAAGCUAGGAUGAAAAGAGAAGAGCAGCAUUUUCACUACAGGGAUUAUUUGCUUAAAUAAACAUGUGGUUCUUUUCAUAAUACCGUGACCAGGUGUUGGGAUUGCGUGUAGGUUUCAAUAGAAGUUAACAGCAAGUGUAUAUAAAUAAAUAAAUUGUUUAUUUGUGUAGCAUCUUUUCCCCAUCACUGAAGGCGGACUCCAAGCGCUUUACAAAAAACAUGAAAGUACAUUAGUACUUAUAUAAGGAACAUAGGCUUGAUGAGCUGUAGAUGAUCCUCGAAAACAAAAAACAUGGCAUUUAAAGCUUUGUUACCUCCCACCACCGCCACCACCAUCAUCAUCAUCUUCAUCAAAUUUCCUUUCAAAUAUUUUUCCCACAAACACCAAUGUUCUGAAGUGCCUUAUUUUUUUUUAAAGCAAGGCAUUAACAGACCGCAAUGACCCUCAUCACUCCCUUUCAUUUUUUUCAUGUUUUUUCUCUGGGCAUGAAGCAAGCACCUCACAUGUGUCGUCAGAGAUGACCGUUUGGAGGCAGAUGUACACGUUGUAAAUACUACCAGACUAUAUUAACUUAUAAACCAUACAAUCGGUGGUUGUGGUGAAGACAUAACACAGGACGGCAGGUGCGACACUUGCUUGUGCUUCAGGAGAUUCGACUCGUGGGACCAGGUGAUGUGCACCACUGAGCACCAGCCCUCCAAGUAAUGAGACACGGUUGGCUGCACACGGCGAAGCCAGUGGUUGUGCUGGUGGCUUGGUGUGGACGAGCGAAGAUACUUUGACGAUGAAAAGGGCGAGGACAAAAGAGACAUAUUAGGAAAAAAUUUUUUUUACAGCCUGCAGCGACCCUGGUGCUGCAGUCGUCGCCAUGGUUUUCAUGCUCGGUGUCGGCUGCUUUGUGGGAAAAGUGACUAUGGCCGGUUGGUGAUCGCUACGCUGAUGGUCACAGACGUGAGUUUCAUUUCAGUUUAUGCGCUCACAUCUUUUGUUGUUGUUGUUGUUGUUGUUGUUGUUGUUGUUGUUGCUGUUGUAUGUGGCCUGACUAUUUCUGUCCGCCAUAUGUCUUCUUAACCGGAUGCACAUUGUCAGCUAUGAGACUAUAUUUAGCGAUUAUUUUAUGCACAUGACCAUACUGUAACAAAAAUAUUCCUCCAAUAUAACAAUUGUAAAAACAAAAAAAGGUUGCGAGGACCUGAUUGGCAAUUUUAUUUUAAAAAAUAUUUCUAAAAUUGUCUUACUUUUGGUAUCAUAUUUUCGGCAGAGUUAUUUUUAAAAACUCUUAUAAAUACUUCUUUGUGCUCGAGGCAUAUCUUUUAGAAUUUUAAAAAUAUUUAUAGAAUAGCUCGGAGAAAUAAUGACAAGCAAUAGUACUCAGAGAGAAGAGCUACUUGACAGUUUCAAGAUAGUUCGUACUUUGAGUAAAAUUUGUCAGCUAUUAUUAAAAACAAUAACAAAGGAUAAUAUCACCCAGUUGGCAUCUUAAAUCACGAUAACUGCAUACAAGUCACUAAUCAAAAGUUUUUAAGAUUCUAUUAAAGAUGGAGCUCGAUUGUUUUCCCGCAAUACUCUCACUCGUAAGGAAGAGAAGGAAAUACACAAAUCAUUAAAAGCUCAGAACAUGAAUAUUUUGUUGUUUCUCUGAACCUUUUUGGUACAAACAUAGGGUGUGUAACUAGGAGACUGACGACACAUAUUUGGGAAACAUAUUUGUGUCCAUGUUCUUAGUGACACAGUGUCACAGUGUCACAUUCCCAAAUAUGUGCUCAGAAUCUCCAGUUUCUACAAUCGUCUUCUAAAAAUGUCAGCCACACAUUCAACAACCUGUGCCCUGGCGAGGAAACCCUGUUGUGGACCUUUGUCAGAUCUUUUUGACACUGCCCCCAACGGCGCAUCCGAGCCAAAAAAUAUAAAAAAUUGCCGGUUAUGCGGGAAUGAAGAUAUCCUGUCACACACAGACACUUCCUGUUGCGCAGCUCCUGUCUCCGUCAUAUUCACUCCUCGUCUGCCCCUCCUCUUGUUUGGAGGGACGAGAGAAGUGAGGAGGGGAGCAGAAUUUUGUUCUCCAAUCAAACAUGAUACAUUUGUAUUGAGGUCGGAGCAUUUCUCGGCCCUUGAUUGACCAGUUGUUGCCCUUAGUUCUAUUUUUUGUCGACGUGUGUCUAUGGUUGUCACUGGCAAACACGUGUAAUUUCUCCGUUCCUCCCUCUAAUUUUUAUUUUUGUGUGGGAGAGGGGGAUAUUUUUUGUUUCCGCCGCGGUCUGUGUCUUCUCCGCUUUAUUUAUUCCUGUAAUAUUCUUCCUGACCUGUUUUCUCAUCCCUCCUUCAAUGAUGAGAAAAUCUCGACAGUAUCUUUCCUCGUGUCAGGUCCAAACUGCUUUAGAAAUGUUUAUUUUCUGGUUUGAUUGAGGUCCUCAGGGAAGAACUACUCCACCCUGAUUCGGGGAAUUCAACCGCCUUACCCCACACACUUCCCUACCGCUCCCUCCACGUUAGAGAGCUGAGAGUACUUACGUUAGACUUAUCUCCCUUGUCCUGUUCCUCAAAGAACGUUAAAAGGCCAUGACAAGAUGGCGUCUACGAUAACCUCGUGUCGGGAAUACUCAUUCAGCUCCAAUGUCUGGCUGGAAAAAUUUAAUGAUUUCUCUUUACUCCGCCUGACUAAACACACUGUCCUUCCCCUACAUCACCUCCGGGUUGUGGGCAAACAUCAAAGUGCAGCAGCCUUUCUUAUCUCGGUGGUUUCACAUACGGGGCUUAUUGCAAGUCUAUAACAUCUACUUCCAAGGUAUUAAGAGGGCACACUGCGGUCGGCAGGACCAUUAAAAAGCUCAUAUCUAGCCACCCAUACCCGGGCCAUGACCUUGUUGAAUAAAUACCUGUAGUUAUAGUCAGUGCCAUACCUUUAGGGGAGUCAGGGUAUUGUAAAAUAAAGUGUGAAUACCUUCUUUUCUUCUUUCAUUUUCUCUCUCUCUUUUAUCUCUCCACCUCGGGUUAUGUAUGUGAAUAUGUACAGACUAGCGAAUGGCAGUUAUGAUAGCGAAAAGAACUGUAAGCAAUGCAAGUUGUGAGAUCUGGCUGUGUGUGUGUGUCGGGGUGGGUAGGUGUGGCACGGGUCAUAGUUUUGACAAAUGCUGACAAGGGUCUUAGAGGCAAUUUCCUUCAAGUGCGGCUAGUGUGUGGUUUUUUUUUCCCCUUCACCUACUGUCCUACUUGGUGCAACACAAUAUCCCGCUUUGUGACAUACAAGGGCGUCAUCUCGCCUGUCUCGCGGGUUUUGACGAGAACUCGCGCACGAGCGUGGCUACCCGAGGGUACAUUCUUCCAAAGCAUCGACACACGCUCCUGUAACCAAAGCGAGAACAGGCAUAGACAUAGACAUAGACAUAAACAUAGACACUAUGGUAGCAAGCAAGCUGACUAGAAUGCAGUAGUACUCACUGUCUUUGGACUUCUGAUGCACAAAUCCUCGGCCCUCGGCCAACCAGUGUUUUGACCUCUCUGUGUGCAAGUGAUAUUGGUAAGCCUGUAUCCUAGAUAACCGACGAAGUAUUUACCCAGAAAUACUGAUACUCAGUACUUCCAGUAAUUAAAA